CCAACUUUCAAAUAUAAAGCCCCACUUGACAUUUUUGAGCCCUCUACCAUUCUUGUUCCUUCCAAAACUAUUUUAUUCAUUCAAGUUCACCAGAAAAUUCACCGGAAAAGUCAGAUUCCGGCCACUGUCCCAAGAUGGGUUUGACGGAAAGAUCAAAGAAAAAGGUCCAAUUAUACAAGAAAGCAAUAGUCCAUUUCUUGUUAUGUUUUGUCAUGGGAUUUUUCACCGGCUUCGCUCCAACGGGUAAGCCAUCGUUUUUUUCUAGCCUUUCAUCGACACGAUCAGCAUUUUCGCCACAACCCAUAGAAAUUGUGAGCGGGAGCUCCAACAGAACUCUAUUGGAUGAAACUCCAGUGGCAGAGCCAACAUCAAGGUCUACUAAUAAUUCUGAUGACUCAACUAGUGAAAAAAUUCAGGAAGAAUAUAAAGAAGUUGAUGAGUUGGUUACUAGAAGACUCAUAAUUGUUGUCACACCUACUAGUAUGAAAGAUCAGACAAGAGGUGUGAAUUUGAGGCGGUUAUCGAACACGUUGAGAUUGGUUCCUCCACCAUUGUUGUGGGUUGUGGUGGAGCAACAAUGUGAGUCCGAUGAAGUGUCGGAAAUACUAAGGAAAACUGGGAUUAUGUAUAGGCAUGUGGUGUUUAAGGAGAAUUUUACUGAUGUAGAAGUUGAAAUGGAUCAUCAGAGGAACCUCGCGCUUAAUCACAUCGAGCAUCACCGGUUAAGUGGGAUCGUUCAUUUUGCAGGGCUUUCCAAUGUUUAUGAUCUUAGCUUCUUUGAUGAGAUUAGAGGAAUUGAGUACGUUUUUAUCUUUUCUCUAGCUAUGAUUAUCUUGUUUGGUAUUUGUUUUCGUUUUACUUACUUUCAUUUUUUGUGUUUCUCAAAACAAAAACAUGCAAGAAGUUUAAAAAUACACACCGUUUUCAUUAUUGUGAGAAAGUAGCUUUAAGAUCAUUCAAAAAUAAUUUUUUUGGGGUGUUUCAAUGGGUUCUUUUCAGAAAAUUUAUCUGUGAAGUUUUUGAAAUAGUUUGACAAAGAACUCUCUUUUUGUGUUUUUUUGAAGGACUAAUUACAAUUUUAUUUGGGAGCCUUGUUUGAUUUUAGUCUCCAAUAUUUAAGUUAUAUGUUAAUUUGGGCUUUAAUAUACAAAAAUGUUUUAAUUUGGUCCCCAAUGUUUAAAUUAUGUCAAUCUGGUC